CAUCUUACCCGUCGCAGAACCAUCCGUCGUCGAAAACGAAAAGUCCCUAUUGUAAAGUGUGGGAAACUUCCUGCGGAUGCAGCUCACUGAUUUCUGUACCAGCAUGUACAUUGUAAAGUGUGGGAAACUUCCUGCGGAUGCAGCUCAAUAAAGGACAUCAGGUGAAAGAUUGGACUUUGAAUGAUGGCUGAAACAGAAAAGAGCUCUGCAGGAAGUGAUGGAAAAGACAGCGCGUCCUACAAACCACCACCUCCAAAAUCACUCAAAGAAUUACAAGAUUUGGAUAAAGAUGAUGAAAGCCUCAACAAGUACAAGAGGUCCUUGUUGGGAGAUGAUGUGGAUCUAACAGCAGUUACAGGUGAAGGCACGCAGGUUACACUGGACAAAUUGGUCAUCAUUGCUGAUGAUCAUAAAGAUAUUAUCCUUGACUUAACUGGUGAUUUAGCUGAGCUGAAGAAGAAGACAUUCACAAUAAAAGAAGGUGUUGGGGUUCAAGCUAAACUCACAUUUACAGUGAAAAAUGACAUUGUGUUUGGCUUGAAGUAUCUCCAAAACACAACUCGGUCUGCUGUACAUAUAGAGUGUGACUCUGCCGUACACAUGAUGGGUAGCUAUGGUCCUUCCAAAGACAUCAGAGAGUAUAAAACACAAGUGGAGGAGUUUUCUAAAGGGUUGCUUGUUCGUGGCCAUUAUACCGUUCAGAGUAAGUUAAUGGAUGACGAUGAUCGUGUCUUUCUUACUUGGGAAUGGGCCUUCGAUAUCAAGUCUGAUUGGGACUAAAGAAAGAUCGCAUCAUUGCACCUGUAUGCCUGCCUGUGUACUUAAGGGCUUGGGUCUAACAACAUAACAAACAUCUCAAUGGCUAUUAUUAUCUGGCUCCAGCUAGGCUCACAUGGUGUUACUUUCUUUGCAUCUAAAAAAUGUGAGGUUUUGUUGCAACUAUGUAAUCGAACAUUGUACAAAACAAAGAUGCUUUAACUACAAUACAAUGGGUGAACUGUGUUUAACACGAAGAAUGCUUUAGUUUGAAGCAUCGCAUUUUCAAUUAAUAUUACAGGGCUUUUAAAAAGAGCUAAGAUUGAUAUUUAGAUGCGUGUCGAUCUUAAAGACACUGGACACUAUUGGUAAUUGUCAAAGACCAG